CAGCAGCAAUGGGAGGCCAUACAGCACCCUAUGACAAAAUGGAACCCACCAGCAGUGUGAGGAGACCUGAAAGUGGCACAUGGCAGAGUGUGGCGAUGGAGACAGCAGCAAUGGGAGGCCGUACAGGGACCCAUGACACACUCUGGACCUGGCAGCAGCAUGAGGAGGCGGUACAGGGGCCCAUGACAGAUUACGGGCCUGGCAGCAGCAUGAGGAGUCGGCGGUACAGGGGCCCAUGGCAGAGUGGCGGAGCGUAAGCAGCUAAAAUUGAAGGCCAUACAGAGGCCUAUGUUAAAAAGUCCCCCCCAGCAGCAGCGUGGGGAGACGACUAUCAAGAGUCCAAUGGCAGAGUGGCGGAGCAGAAGCAGCUUCAAUUGAAGGCCAUACACAGGCCUAG